AUGGCUACAGUCGCUGAAGAAAAGACGCUGAGCUUGUCCUGGGCCUGGUGGGUGGCGGCGGCGAGGGUGGCGACCAGAACCCUCUUCCUGGGCGCAGUGGCGGCGGUCGUGUUUCGGCUAAUGGAUUACUUCCUUGUGCUGAGUGUGGUCGAGUUGUUGGUGUGCUCUUGUAUGAACGCUGCUGCUGUGUGUUUUACGGGGAUUUCAGACAACUUCCAAAGUCGCAAAAUGAAUGCUUUGACAUACAAUCAUGUGCAUGUGAACUUUACUCGAGAAGAGUGGGCUUUGCUGGAUUCUUCCCAGAGGAAUCUCUACAAAGAUGUGAUGCUGGAGACUUACAGGAACCUCACUGCUAUAGGCAACAAUUGGGAAGAUCAGAAUAUUGAAGACCAUUGUCAAAGUUCUAGAAGAUACGCAAGGUAUGAAAACAGUCAUAGUGGAGAGAAACCCUCUGACGAUAUUCAAUGUGCUGAAGCCUUUGCACAUCACAGUAAUCGCCAUACAUAUAAAAGAAUGCAUACUGGUGAGGAGCUCUAUGAAUUUAACCAAUAUGGUAAACACUGUGCAUAUAAUAGUGAUCUUAAAAUGUAUGAAAGAAUUCAUGUUGGACAGAAAUCCCACAAAUGUAAUCAAUGUGAUGAAGCCUUUGCAAACAAGAGUUGGCUCCUAAAACAUAAAAGAACCCAUACUGGAGAGAAAUCUCAUGAAUGUACUCAUUGUGGUAAAGCCUUUGCACGGUACAGUUCUCUGCUGAUACAUAAAAGAACUCACACUGGAGAAAAACCUUAUGAAUGUAAUCAAUGUGGUAAAGCCUUUGUAUAUAACAGUCAUCUCCUAAGACAUAAAAGGACACAUACUGGAGAGAAACCUUAUGAAUGUAACCAUUGUGGUAAAGCCUAUGCAAAUAAUUGUACUCUAUUACUAGAUUAAAGAACACAUACUGGAGAGAAACCUUAUGAAUGUCACGAAUGUGGUAAAGCCUUUGCAAAUAACAGCGCCCUCCUAAUACAUAAAAGGACACACACUGGUGAGAAACCUUAUGAAUGUAACCAAUGUGGUAAAGCCUUUGCACAGAACAGUCAUCUCGUAGUACAUAUAAGAAUUCACACUAGAGAGAAAUCUUAUGAAUGUAUUUAA